UCCACGUCCAAUCUGGUUUUCGAGCAACGCUUUGGCAUUAUAUUUUAUUCGAUUAAAUCACUUGCCUCAAUCAUCCAUUGCAAACACAGGAGAAAUACGAACUCACUGCACCCAUGGCGGCUGAGUCAACCCAAGGAGACACUCACGACAAAGCGUGGGAGAAAGCGGAGAAGAAGUUCACACAUAAACAUGCUAGCGAGUACUACGACCCAUGCCAAGACUUCGCGGAUCGGAGUCUCAAGUGUAUGAAACGGAACGCCUUCGAGCGCGAAAUGUGCCACGAUUAUUUCCAAGCUUAUCGUGAUUGCAAAAAAAACUGGCUCACCCAGAAGAAAGUUUCUCUGACGCCUCAGCCCAAAUGAGACAUUUCUAUCAUUCCGGACCAUUCUUACUGAAAUUAUCGACAACUUUCCUGGCUGUCAAGAUCCCUGACAUUCCCAAAGCGUUGUUGCAUGCCAAUGCGUAAGGUGUGCUGUUCUAUCAACCUAAUAACCAGAAGCCUACCAAACCCAAGCUCCUAGAUUCUUUCAUAUGCACCGCUAUGUGAUGAACAUUCCAACUGCCGUCGGGCGUCGUGAUCUUGUUAGGCUGGUAAAAAUUUUCCCUGGUCCGGCUCUGACCUGCGGGAUAAGCGAAUUUCUCUUUUUGGACUUGUUUUCCUGCGAUUGGCUUAUACAUGGCGUAUUGGACUACCUUUUGAAUGAUUUCAAGUUGUAUAUUAACAAUUUUGUAUCCUUGGGGUCAUAUUUAUCUUGUCCAGGUAUAGUGCUUCUGAUUUUCACGUUCAGUCGAAU